GGCAAACGGCACGGACAGCUUACCGUUAAGGCGGCAGAAACAAAACUGAAGCGAUUGAGCAAAAAUACCUCUCUUCAUUAUCAAAGUUGGAUAUUUUUUCCAUCAUGAAAACCUCUAAGGCAGCACCACAGAGCUCACCACAGGCAGAAUGUGGAGUUUGGUUGGACACUGUGCAGCUGAAAGCAAAGGUUAAACAGAAACACCCUCCCCGUCCUAUCUCUAAACUGCUGAAUCCUCUGGCUGAAGGAGGGGGUUACAGUUUAGCUGUAGCGCUAAACUUCACUCAAACCAAAAUGGAGAUGCCAAAGACUAAACAGAGCACCAUAUCAACUUUUUUCUCGUCUAAGCAAAGAGUUCUCCAUAAGCCAUCUUCCACUGAAGCAUCAAACCCGGAUUCAUUUCCGCCCCCGCCAGUGUCCAUCGCAACUGAACCCUCAACUGUUUCAUCUGUGAGGAAACGAACGCGGGAAAUCUGCUUUGACAAUACGGACUCAGAGGAGUGUGAUGCUGGUGUGUGCUGGGAUUUGGAAAAUGAAAAUGUUGCACAGACAGAAUCAACAACUUGGCAGAAUGAAAGAAACACAUCUUCAGCUUUAUUAAAAAGUGAUUCUGUAGAGGGCAAACCGCCUCAGUGCAAGAGGAGACUCCAAGAGGUGUCGUCUUAUGAUAAUCAGACGUCUCUGCAGCCAUGGAGUCAGGACCCUCUGCUAACCUGCAGCGAGGAAUACGUCUGCUCUGGGUCAAGUUUUCUAGGUGUUCAGAAUUCAGAACACUUUGGAAAUCUAAUAGAUGUGGAGGGAAAAACAUCAACUCAGAAACCUGCUGAAAACAGUUUCCGCAUUAAAGAGGAGAAAGAAAACAGCAGGUUACUCUCCCUUAAGUCCCCAAGUAAACAAACUUUGUCUCAUUUUGGAACUCUGUCAAAUCAUAAGCGGGCAGAAGAGAAAAACGCGUCACCACAAAAACAACCUGAGCAGUCAGGAAACAAUCGUGUAAAAGACGCACAUUUUGACUCAUUGUGGAGAAAACCAAGAAGCUCUCCUCUUAAGAAAAUGCUUAAAUUCAGGGAAGCAGAUGAAGAGAGUUUGGCUUCGUUGUUCACUCAGGACUCGGAGGGCUUCAGGGUGAUAGCACAUCGAGGUCUCCAGACCAGGAGUCCACUCAAGGAUCAGAGUAACCUGGGCACCGGCUUGGUUAGGAGCUAUGCUUCCAAGCCUUUGAUGAAGAAGGAGGAGGAGGACGAAGAGGAUGAAAUGCUCUUCACCCAAGACUCUCAGGGAAACAUGGUGAUCAAACACUGAAGCAAUGCCUCUGUGUUCAAACCAGGAGGUUGAAACAUCAUUCCUUUUAUUGAAAAAAAACAACAAAACUUUCCAAGUCAGAAUUGAUGGAUUUUAUUUUAUUUUGUUUAAAAAGUGAUUAGCAUUACAUUGAUUUAUUCUAAAAUAACCACUAGUUACACGUAUAUAUUUCUACCUGGUGCUCUAAGUUAUAUUUUAUUUUCACAAACUAAAGUGAUAAACAUAAAAAGUUCUUAGUUCCUCUACAGAAAAGUUUACUUUUUGAGCAUUUGAUUUUGAGAGUAAAGCAGCACAACCAGCUGAACUUAAUUCUGUUACUGUUCACAGCAGCUAAAUGCAAAAAGCAUCUCUUAAUACAAAUAGAAAUCAGCUUUAAUGUAUUAGAUAAGAAUAUAUGACUAAUUGAUCCUUUACUUGUUAAUAGAAAUGUUUUGAAUAAAUUUUUUUUUUAUGAUGUAAAGAGCAGAUACUUUUUUUUUUAGAAUUGAAAUGUCACUCUUGUUAUGGCACAGGUAUGUAACUAUCAUACUGUAACCUGAGCAAUUGUUUUAACAGAUUAAAGGUAUCAAACACUAAAUGAUGAUGUCCUUAUCUAUUGCAUCCCUUUUACUUUUCACACCUUUUCCACAUUCUGUGGAAACUGCAAACUUCAAUAUACUAUGUUGGAAUUAUGUAAG